AUGACACAGAUGGUACUCGCUAACAUGUUAGAGUCGUCAGCCUUCAUUGCCGGAAGGUCUUCAUGCACUUGGUACGCCGUCCAUCGAAGCUCCUCAGUUCGUAGAUAUAUAAAAAUUGCCAAAUACCAGCUGUUAUCCUUCUGUAAAAGGGACCAAACUAAUCAAGAAGUAAAGAUUUUUAAUGCAAGCAACAAAGAUGAAGCAAUUAGAUGUAUCAUCGAGGUUGAAAGAUUGAAGAAAGAAGAAGACGAAAAUACUGAGUUAUAUUUCCAUGGCACUGAUCAUUCGUCUGCUCAGAAUAUUAUCGAGAAUGGCAAUAAAUUAGGUAAAGAUGGUGAAAAAUGUGACUUGUCGCAUAAGUAUGGUUUCUACAUGGCAAAUGAUUACGAAUACUCAUUAACACAAUAUUCUAAUACAACAGAAGCAGCCCUUCUCAUUUUUUGUUUACGCCCAAAUAAUUUGAAAAGUUUCCAAGAAUUGUAUUUAUGUGGUAAGAGCAAUCAACAAGACUUUGUUUCAGUUACUCCAUACUUUAGGGCUGGAAGGAUAGACUGUAAAGGUUCCAUGAGCAGGGAACUAUUUUCGGCAUUAGAAGUGCGAUUAUAUCAAAAGUCCAAUUACAAGUGAUGUUCGUUCAGCAGGUGACCAAAGGAAAGAUAUUCUGCAGGUUUGUGUGAAGAAACCCAAAAUGGCUGAGACAAUGAGCGGUUCUCCAUCAUUGGUGGGUGCAGUCUUUAUAAAACCUGAUUCUGAAGAGAACGAUUCGUUGUUGGGUUUUGAAUCAUUUGUAUAUUGAAAACACCAUUAUUAAUCUGAUGCUUAGCAAUGGCCUGUUCAUGUGUAUUUAACUUCUUCAACUGGGAGGCAACAAGCAUUCCAAAUAAAUCGUUUUCAUCUUUUUCCA